CAACUAGCGAAACAUCUGAGGGUGUGGUGCAUUCAUUGAUUGUCAAUGUCAAUAUCAGCUCAUACAUAUACUCUACUUCAGGUAUCUCUAGAGGACGCCUUUCAGCUGACUGCUUAGGAGCAUGGCGUCCAUGCGUAGUGCUGUGCACCGGCACCAUUUUUCUGCGUUGCUGCCACGCGUGGACAGCGAUGGUGACGAGACCAAGGAAGGUGAUACGUCGAAACGGAGGCGCGGUAGUAGUCUUUGCUCUCUUUACAACCACAAAAACGUCCAGCGGAAUAGAUUCGUUGUUGUUUUGUUGGUGCUUAUUCCACUGGCUUGCUAUUACGUCUACGUACACGCAACAUCCAAACGAGCGCAGCUUCUUGCAGCAGGUAUUCCCAAAGUUCAUCCGUCCGUCCCACUCGAUUUCAUAGUCGCCGGCUUUCCGAAGUGCGGUACCACCACGCUACUGUACGCGUUACACAAGCAUCCCGAAGUUGCCAUGUCACCGAUAGAAAAUUGUCAAAUUGCCCGACCCAUCCAGCAGGAUGACGUUAAUUUGAAACGCCUGAACAAGGACUUGCUCCAAUUGGACGCUACGCCCGACGAGUCGAACGAUAUUAUACUGAAGAAACGAGGCAUCAAAUGCCCAGAUGCACUCCACACCUACAAGGUGAUUCACCGACUGGCCCAACACUCGCCUUCUUGUAAGUUCGUCAUCGGCGUGCGACAUCCCAUACAAAUGCUUCAAUCCUUUUACAACUACCGCAUCACCGAAAUUUACGAUAAAAGUCUACCGAAAGACAACAUCCCGGAUCUAGUCGAUAUUCUGCAAGGGACGGUUCCUAUUUGGAAGGAUGUGUCUAUUGACGUGGCGCGAUUUGAACUCUAUCUCCUGCAACUCGCCAAAACAGCGUUGACCCUUGCUGAUCUCGAAACUUUGCAAGAACACGAUUGGUUGGCCGUCAAACCAAACAGGUUCGACGUUUUUCUUUACACGUUGGAUCAAAUAAAUGACGAAGAUGUUUCACGGGCUGCAGCUUUUCGCGGUGAUUUGCAAUCGUUUUUGGGCUUGUCUAAUCCGUUGGAACCCCUCGGACACGAAAAUUUGAAUCACUUUGUUGGUGGUCAAGCCCAUACCGAGACGAUAGAUAUAUGCGAGCCGCAUUUUGACGGCGUCCGCGAGGCCUUAUUGCGCAACAGUCAGGCGACGGCCGCGUGGAUUCGCACCUUCAUUGACGCACCAACCGUGACCGUUAGUAAUCGCAAUCACGUUUUGGAGACCUUGUCCGCCUGGGAUGUCGAUCCCUGUAGUGUCGAAGAGACAAGAUGACACCGGGCGCUACCUACUUUUUCUAAACAAGGUUAUCUAGAGCUUUGCUGCAAAGCACCCACAUCAUGCGUGCCAUCACACAAUGCACGCCUUUCUCUCGUCCUUGGUUCCGCUAAUGCACUGUAGUCUCUAUUGCGGCCAAUCAAGCCAUUGGCUGUGUGGAUGCUGGAUGAUCCUCGUGCUACUAUUUCCUGGUAGAGUUUCAACCAAAUUGCGGCUUCGAGUAAAUCAGAAUUCG